AUGGUGACAUAUGAGUUGAAAAGCCAGACGUCCGUCACCACCAGGGGCGGGCCACCCAUGGCCUCCUCCGUUCGGGAGCGCGAUAAUGAGCAUCUCCAGCGGAUGGGAAAGAAACCGGUCCUCAAGCGAAACUUCGGCAUUCUCUCGAUCCUCGGCUUCAGCUGCACUAUUCUGGGUACAUGGGAAGGCUUGCUGGGUACCUUCGUUGGCCCUCUGACAAACGGCGGCUCCGGGGGUGCGAUCUAUGCCUACAUUUUCGGGUGGGUAGGCACAACUGCCAUUUUCGUGGUCUUGUCGGAAUUGUCCUCUAUGGCGCCUACUGCAGGAGGCCAAUACCACUGGGCUGCCAUGCUUGCCCCGGCCAGAUUCCAGAAGUUCCUUAGCUUCAUUACUGGAUGGUUUACCGUUAUCGGUUGGCAGACUGCUUUCGCCGCGGGUGCCUUUUUAACGGGACAGAUGUCCCAGGGCGCCGCGAUCCUAGGAAACAACCUCUACAAUGCUCUCCCGUGGCAGGGGACAUUAAUUAUCUGGGCUUCGCUGUGUCUCGCAUUGGCCGUGAACCUGGUCGGCGGCAAACUUCUGCCCCGCAUUGAGGUGACCAUUUUAGUUUUGCAUAUUCUUGGAUUCUUCGGCAUCUUGAUCCCCCUCACUUACAUGGCGGAUCAUAACACAAAAGAGCAAGUCUUUCUGUCUUUCCAGAACGGAGGAGGCUUUGCCACGCAGGGAUUGUCCUGGUUCGUCGGUAUGACCAACUGUGCCUUUGCCUUUGGUGGAGGUGAUGCCGCCGUGCAUAUGGCCGAAGAGGUCGCGAAUGCGUCGAGGGUCAUUCCUUACGCUCUUAUGCUCAGUGUCAUGGUAAACGGCUGCCUUGGCUUCGGUAUGAUAAUUGCCAUGAUGUUCUGCACCGGUCCCGAUCUUGGUGGUACGUUGGGGAAGAUCACUGGGUUUAACUUUAUGGGGAUCUUCAUGGAAGCGACCGGCUCAGUGUCGGGCUCAUUGGCCAUGUGUGCUAUCAUUCUCAUCCUUUACAUUUGUGCGCUCAUGGGUGUACUGGCCGCGGCAUCCCGACAGCUUUGGUCUUUCUCCCGAGACAGGGGAGUUCCCGGAUGGCGAUGGUGGAGUCGGGUUUCCUCCAGCAGAAGCUUGCCUAUUUACUCCAUCUUCCUUACAGUGACCAUCGCUGGGCUGCUGGCCUUGAUUAACAUUGGCUCCAGCCUUGCUAUGGAGGACGUGGUGUCGAUGGCAGUGUCGAGCGUCUACCUUUCGUACCUCAUGAUUGCGGUUCUGCUCUUUUACCGCCGAAUCCGUGGCGACAUCUCCCGAUAUGACGAUAACGAGGAUGGCAUUGUCAAUGUGCCCGGUGCGAAACUUGUCUGGGGUCCGAUCCAUUGUCCCGGCAUCGUGGGCACCUUGAUCAACGGGUUCGCGAUCAUUUAUAUCGCCAUCGUCGUCUUUUUCAGCUUCUGGCCAACUCAAAUGAACCCAACGGCGGAGUCGAUGAACUGGAGCAUUGUCGCAGUCGGGAGCAGCUCCCUUCUUGCCACUCUAUAUUACUUUGUGCGUGCCCGGUUCAUCUACACGGGCCCCGUUAUUGAGGUCUCUCUGUAG